UUUGGCGGUAUUACAGUCUGAGCGUCAGUCAGUCAAUAGGACGAGAGAAGAAUUUGAAGAAAGAUGGCAGGUGGUAAAGCAGGAAAAGACUCUGGAAAGGCGAAGGCAAAGGCAGUUUCUCGUUCAGCAAGGGCAGGGCUCCAGUUCCCAGUUGGUCGUAUUCACAGACAUUUGAAAAACAGAACAACAAGCCAUGGUCGAGUUGGUGCAACAGCCGCAGUGUACAGUGCAGCAAUUUUGGAAUACCUGACCGCUGAAGUACUGGAAUUGGCUGGAAAUGCUAGUAAAGAUUUGAAAGUAAAGCGUAUCACACCUCGUCACUUGCAAUUGGCCAUUCGUGGAGAUGAAGAGUUGGAUUCACUUAUCAAAGCUACAAUCGCUGGUGGUGGUGUCAUUCCUCACAUCCACAAAUCUCUCAUCGGAAAGAAGGGAUCACAGAAACCUACGUAAUUUGUUUAGUUCCUGCUGUAUGUUUGCCGUUUAGUGUAUUAGGAUAUCGUGUCAAGUGUGAACCAUCAAACUUCACGAAUGGACGUUCAAUUCAUAUCUCAUUUUACUUCAUCAUCAAGCCAUUGGAUUUUAACCCAUGCAUUGCCAGUCUGGAAAAUUUCAUUUUGAUUUUUUCAUGGAAAAAAGAACAUGUGCACUUUUCUUGGGCAGCUGUUGACUGACCAGUUGUGAUGUAUCCUUGUCUGUGUGCAAGUGGAUUUAUAAAUGACCGGAAAAAGCAUGGAAGCAGAUCAAUUGGGAACAAAUACUGAAAAACACAAUAUUUCCGUCUUUUCUGUCAUGACUCUUCUUGACUUGUAUACGUGUAGAUUUGUAGUUGGUCUCCAGACUGGAAUCAUGAUUACUUGUGUAUUUGGUUUUAAAUGUACGUGUUCAUUUCCCCCUUGGUUUUAAUAUUUUCAUGUCUAUCAUUUAACAUUGUAAUAAAUUUAUAUCAGAAAG